AUGUACCACCGUCAGGCAUACAACCAAGAAUAUCAAGUCCUCGAGGAGAUAGGGAGGGGCUCCUUUGGUUCUGUCAGGAAAGUGAUCCACAUACCAACAAAGAAACUUAUGGUUAGGAAAGAGAUUAAAUACGGACAUAUGAACAGCAAGGAAAGACAACAGUUAAUAUCGGAGUGUAAGAUUCUUGCCCAGCUAAAGUUUGAAAAUAUUGUGGAUUUUUACAGUUGGGAUUUCAAUGAUGAUGAAAAAAUAUUAUAUCUUUAUAUGGAGUAUUGUUCCCGAGGGGAUCUAUCACAAAUGAUCAAAUUCUAUAAGAGUAGGAACAAGUAUAUCCCUGAAAAGAUAAUUUGGGGGAUACUGGCACAAUUGUUGAUGGCUCUUUAUAAGUGUCAUUAUGGAGUAGAAUUAAGCCCGCUAGUAACUAUUUAUGAUAGAAUGAAACCACCUACAAAGGGUAAAAAUAUUGUUAUACAUAGAGAUUUGAAACCGGGAAAUAUAUUUCUAAGUAACGAUAAUAACGCAACAAACAAUGAUGAUGAUGCGGAGAAGGAAUAUAACGACAACAAUGUUAAUGAGCCAAAUCGACAGAACAUUAAAAUGGAUUACAGUCAAGUGGUCGUAAAGUUGGGUGACUUUGGUUUAGCUAAGUCUUUAGAAACAAGUAUCCAGUUUGCUACCACUUAUGUUGGGACACCGUACUAUAUGUCACCAGAAGUUCUCAUGGAUCAACCAUAUUCGCCAUUAAGUGAUAUAUGGUCUCUUGGGUGUGUCGUUUAUGAAAUGUGCUCGUUACAUCCACCAUUCCAGGCAAAAACGUUUCUCGAUUUACAAAACAGGAUUAAGAGUGGUAAAAUAGAUAAUAUUCCGGAAUAUUAUUCCAAUGGAUUAAAUGCAAUCAUCCACUCUAUGAUUGAUGCAAAUUUAAAGACCAGACCGUCCACUUUUGAGCUGUUACAAGAUAUUCAAAUUCGCACGGCAAGAAAAUCGUUGCAAUUGGAACGAUUCGAAAGAAACUUGUUAGAUUACGAGAAGGAAUUAGUCAAUAUAGAGAAAAUCUUAGAGAAGCAAGCAUCUGAAUAUGAAAGAGAGCUGACUCAGCUAAGAGAGCAAUUUGUUCAUGCUGUGGAGGAAAGAGCCAGGGAAGUGGUUAAUGGGAAAAAAGUAGGGAAAGUACCGGAUUCCAUGUAUAAUGGGCAAUACAGCAGACCGUUGACGAAACCUGCCUACCAUUGGCAGACCAGGUAUAGAUGA